GGCCAAAGAGCCCUCACUUCGGUCGAAGCCGAGCAGCCGCCUUCCCUGGGCCUGCCCAACGGAGAUGAGGGCGGAUUCCCUUUGGAAUGCAAGAAGCGUGGCCCGGUGCAAGCCGUAGAAGGCUCGAGGACCGGGCUCAUGGAGUCGCCGGGUUGGUGCGUCCUGGCACUCUGCCUUUGGCGGGCCUCGGCAUUGCGCCCCUUGGAGCCUCUGCUGGAGGACGACGGCACGCAUGACGACGCGAUGUGGGGCGACAAGUUCGGCUCGAACUGUGAGCUGCUGAGGAAGCUAGAUCUGGCCUGGUUCCUGCUCGUCGCGGCCCUUGCCUUGGCUGUGUUGUGCUUUCAACCGGCCUGCUUUGUCGGCGCUGAGCCUGCCGAGUGCCCCCGAUCCGGAGAGGCGAUGCCUCCUUGGUACAACAGGUUCUUCGCGUCGCUGAGCAGCCACGCAACGGGUAUCGUGAGUUUCGUGGGUUUCCAGAAGAUUGUGGUGGCGAGGAUAGUGGCCACCAGCCAGCCGGACAUGCCUUGGUCGCUACCAAAUCUUCUGCUCUACACCAGCAUUCUUCUCUCGAUCACCGCCGUGUUCACAAGCAUUGUGUUUUUGGGUGUGGAUUACCUCCGCCGCCUGGCCAUCGACAGCUCCCACACCGAGCAGCUGCGGCUCGAGCUGGAGACGGGGAAGCUCGAGCGCACAGGUCUCGGUGCAGCUCUCAUCCUCCUGGCCGUGGUGAUGCUUCUACUUUACCUCGUCGUCAUCUUCACCGAGGACGUCGGAGCUGAUACCAUGCUUCUUUUCGAGAGGGUCGGCACCUGCGCCACGGUCGUCUUGUAUCUGGUUAACCUUCGCGGCUUGUGCGCAUCCCCCAAGGUGCAGUUCCAUCUUUCGUACGGCAAAAUCCAGGAGGACAUCAGCCUGAAGGAGUUUCUUCAGCAGCGCACCGGCGGCUCCCACGAAGGCCACGGCGACGGGCUCCGCGACUGCAUCGCUUGCUUUUGCGGGGCCCUGGCCGGAAAGGACCUCGCGCUCUUCAUCCGGAUGGGCAGCCGCCGCGCCUUCUUCCCUGGUCGGAGCUUCGCUCCGGUAGCCCAUGUCGUUUGCGUCUUGCUUUUCUUCGGCGCCGUGCCCGGCAUCUUCCAGGUGGCGACAGAGCAGCUCUUUAAAGCCCCGGAAGUCGUUGAUGUGCAAGCGCACUCGGCUGUUUUGCUUCCUGGCUUUCAACCGGGCGCGGAGCAGAGCGAGUACCUCCUGCUCAUGGCAGAAGGGGCCCCAGGCCUCCAGGUGAAGCCCAAGUACGAACAGACAUCGAGAGUCAGCUUAUGCUGCGAGAACGUCGGGAACUGCACUCACCAGCCUUUUGAGCACUCGCUCAUUCGAUUUGAUGAGCGACCAGCUGCUCUCAAAGUUCCCACCACAAACUCAACGAACUGCAAUCUGACCAUCCGAGGUCUUAGCCGCCAUGCCGUAACAGAGAUUCACCUGCGAGCAGUUCUGGCAUCGGAAUACCACCUUUGUGGCUGUACUCAAACUGCUUGCCGUUGUUGCGACAGCUACAACGGAACAUGGGAUGACUUGGCCACCGACAGGCUGAACUUCAGUGGCAUGUGCAUUCCAGCAGAAUGCAGCGUCAAAAACUCCAACAGAAGGCCUGGUCCAGAAUGCAAGUGCAAGGACCGCUUUCAAGGCAGCAUCUCCUGGAAAGGUGCGGUGCCCAGCGGCCAUUGCACUCCUGCUCCCUGUGAAAUUGAGAAUUCAAACAACAAGGCGGGAGAGCACUGUGCAUGUGGAGAUGGAUAUGCUGGCGCUGUCUCUUGGAAUGGUGACGACUUCACUGGAAAUUGCACGCCGGCAAAUUGUAGCAUCCCAAAUUCGUCAGGAGGUCGAGGCUGGAAUUGUCGCUGCGGUAACGAAUACCACGGAAACAUUUCCUGGGUGGGUCAGACGCCCAGCGGCACCUGCACACCUGCCCCAUGUCACGCCGUGAACUCGAACAUGCAACCCGGAACAGCAUGCAGAUGCACGGACGGCUACAGCGGUACUGUUAAAUGGACGAACGGGGUCGCAGAAGCUGCUUGUGAUCCAGCACCGUGCGACGUUGAAAACUCCAACAAACAGCCUGGGAAAGAUUGCGCCUGUUUGGACGGUUACGAAGGUAACAUUUCCUGGCAUGGCCCAGAUGCAAAAGGAUCGUGCCGGCCCGCACAGUGUGCCGUUGCAAACACUACGGGGCAAGGUCUCGCAUGCCGUUGCAGAGACAGCUUCGAAGGCGAAAUCACUUGGAAGGGUGCUGUCGCGCAUGGGCGCUGCCGGCCGGCAGACUGCAACGUAAAAGACUCGAACAAUCUUCCAGGACAUGCUUGCACAUGCCUCGAGGGUUUUGAUGGCGAGAUUGAGUGGGAUCGCUCAGAAGCAAAGGGCCGGUGUUAUAUUAUGUUUUGCUGGGGCAACCAUUCCAACAACUUGCACGGCCCGGAAUGUGGCUGCAAGGAUGGUUUCGCAGGAAAGAGAGGUUGGACAAAGAAUACGUGGAGCAUAGACUUCGAGGUCGAUUGUCGCCCCGCCGAGUGCAGCAUUCCGAAUUCGAAUGGCAAGCCGGGUGAGGACUGCCGCUGCCUGGAUGGCUAUGAAGGUUCCAUUACAUGGAAGGGUCAAGUUCCACAGGGGAGCUGUGAGCCAGCGCCUUGCCAGGUCCCAUACUCCAACAUGGAGGCUGGGCCAGCUUGUGCAUGCCUUGACGGGUUCCGGGGCAAUAUUUCUUGGAAAGGCCUUUCGGCAACGGGGAAGUGCAUGCCUGUGCCUUGCCGCAUACAGAACUCUGAUCUUGCAGCAGGUCCCGCAUGCAGAUGCCUGAAAGGAUUCUACGGCAAUAUCACGUGGAACGGCACAGCGGCAAGCGGGGCCUGCCUGCCUAUGCCCUUGUGCCCUGAUGCUGGGGAGAUUGAGGUUUAUCAUGCGACAUCAUUAAAAGCACCUUAUGUUGACAUGGAGGGCAGCUGCGAGGCUGGCCAGCCCAUGCUGAUCUAUGGUGAUGUGUGUGACGAGGAGGAAGGCUACAUCCAGUGGAGAGCAGCAGUAGCCAAGACUCCAGGUAAGUGCAGCUGGAGUUUGAAUUCUGAUGAGUGUGGGGAGCCCACGGCUUCGGAGUACUUCGACCUGCCGAUCACCUGCUCGGCAGAACCAGGACUGCCACGAUGCGACUCAGAAAUCGAGUAUUCGGUGACGAGCCACGACAAGGACCUAGACCACAGCUGUGCCCGGAACGGCAGUCAAAGCUUUAGCUUCACGAAGUAUCAAGGCCGACAGUGUGGAUUUGAUCUUAUCCAGUGGGAGUCUGUGACAGUGCCGCCUCCAGGUCACGAAGCGUUUGCAUCGCCGUCAUCUGCACCAUGUUCGUACAAGCUGUCUACCGAUUGCGGCGUGACCUUCGCCAAACAGCUUCCCAGAGCUUGCGCCCACGUUUCCGAGCCGGCACUAUUCGAGCUAGUCAUUUACGAUGUCAAGUCUCUGUACAAGCUCUUUGACUCUGGCGAGUUCACAAAAACAGAUAGUGACAGCCUCAUUGCAGCGGACCGGGAAAUCAGAUCGACCUGGCAUUCUGACGGAAGAUACCUGUCCCUGCAAACGAAAGGACAAGGGCAGGUGGGGUUUCGUUGUCAAGAUGACGGAUCUGCAUUUGUGUCGGCUGAUGCCGGACGUGGAUUUCGAUAUCGAUUGACUGCUCCAUGGCCUCUCCCGUCCUGGUGGACAUUCAAGUUCCAGCAGCAAGGCUUUCUGCCGGGCACCUUCAACACAGAUCGGCUUGUCGGUUGCAAGGUUGCCUUUCGUGAGAACAAAACAUGCUACAUUGGCAUGCUCGGGCAGGACUUGUGGGUUACCAGCACGCAGUAUGACUGCAUGGCUGACAGGUAUUCGCUACAGAUAUUCAAGAGAAAUCAGACUGCCAAGAGGUACGUCUACAUUUCCUCCGCCUACGGGGUGCAGACCUACCGCUCGCAUGACUGGUGUGCACCAACUGCUGCGUUCCAGGAGCUCCAGUUGGAGGUCGUGGAUGUCCAUGUUCCUCGGGAGGAGUAUAGCCACACUAUCCUUGCUACUCCUUGUCGGACCACGAUACGAUACUUGCUGAAUGCCACUGCGCAGGAGGCUCAGUGCCGAAACGUGUACAAAGACAUUUAUGACCAAAUUGAACGCAGCGCAACAGGAGCAGGUCCAGAAGGUGAACAUGCAGACAACCUGGAAGAAGAGGAAUAA